UGCAUGCGUACAUUGUAUUUUCUCGGACAUCUCUUAUCUAAUGUCAAUAAUAAAAUGUCAAUGUAUUAAAUACAGCUAAAAUGAAGAUGUAAAUUUGUUCCUUAAAUUUCUGUACGAUUUAACAUGUGUCAUAUAAAGUAUUUGGUGCAAGUGGGCAAUAAAGUUGACUGCAGUUGAUGAAGAAGAUUUCGCCCAAUGUAUAUUCAAAACUGUAACUUAUUAUUUGUACCGGGAAUUUAUGUGGUUGAAAUUAGAAAAUACUGCAUUUCUUAUCAAAAAAUAGUAAAAAGCCAAAUCAAUGAAAACAAUUUAAUAAAUUUAAUAAAAUCAAGACAAUGACGAAUCAAAACAGGAGUAGCAAAAAAUAUUAUUGUAAUAAACAUAAUCUUGAUGUUUUGUAUAAGUCACUAAGCAGAAACAUAUUGAAAUUAAGUAAUCAAUGGGAAAUUGUAUAUAAUAGAACGAGCAAAAAAUUCAGACUAUUUAGGAAAAAAGCUGCGCCUGAUGAAUAUAUCUUUUAUUCAGUACUUAAUAUUGAUAUUAUUAUGUCACUAGGAGUAGCAGCAAGUACGAUAACGCAUAGUAUACUUGCACUCUAUCAUAAAUUAGUAGCAGAUCAGGCAAAAUAUCCUUGUAUUAAUCAAUGGCGAAAAUCUGGGGGAAAUAUAAUUGUUUUACGAGGAUACAAUCAUAAGCAUUUAAGAUAUUUGGAAAAAGAAGCGGAAUUUGUGGCUCUCGGUAAACAUGCUAUCUAUCACCGAUGGUAUCACAGCCGUAUAAUAUUAGCGCUAUCGGUAUUCGGACGAAAGGAAGAAAUUGAAUAUAUCUUCGACGGACUCACAUAUUUAUGAGCGAGAAGACGGCGGUGUCUAAGUGUCAAUCGGGCAGAGGGUUUCAGGAAUAUCCUCCCCAGCUUAAGGGCGCGUUAUGCAUACUCGGCGAGUGGGCAAUGAAGGAAGUAAAGGACACGUUUAAGCGUAAAAGGUUGCGUGUAAAGAGAGGUAGGCGCCACGCCCGCCCCCCCCCAAGCACAGGCACAGCGCGGCCGCAGAGGGGGCGUCAGAGGAGAACGGCUGGCGCAGCCGCCCGCCGCGUUUUAUGCAACCAGUCUUGCUUUGGAGCGAGCGAAUCCACUGCUCCGACUUUUGACAGACGGGGUAGCGUGUGCAGUGCCAUCGGUAUUGUCUGUCGUCGUUCAUCGGCCGUCUCCCAGCCGUAUCGUGCGUACGUACGAUUGGUAACGUGCGUGCUCGCGGCUCUCCGGCGAGGAUAUACCGGCCCUAUAAUCCGGUUUUUCACCGCUCUUUUGAGACAAGUCGCGACGGGGCCUACCUUGACAAGAACCUGACAUAAUAUCAUACAUCGUCUGUUUUUCUGUGCGCGCUGAUUUUGCCGGCGUGACGAGCGAACAAAUGAGCGGAUUCAACGUGUCUUGAACGGCGACGAGGCGGUGUCGGCGGUACUCGAUAUCGUAUCGCUUCGCACAGAGUUGCGCCGCACGUACGAUUCACGAUCGCACCCUAUAGUGGUACGGUGUGGGCUCGUGGUCCGCCAACGAAGUGUCAGUGCGACGACGGUCGGUUGGUGUGCUGACACACGGGUGCAUUAUCCACAACUGUGUGUGCGUGCAUAUGUGCGUGACGUGUGCGUAAAGGCAAGAGACCGACGGUGAGCGCACGAGAUAAAGAGAGAGGGACGGGGCGACAGCGAUGCGGCCGUGAAUCCUCGAUACGUGGCUGCGCUCACGCCGCGCGUUUCCGCGCGACACGAUACGAAUACAACGAUAACGAUAACGACGACGACGACGACGACAACGACGACGACGACGACGACGACGACGACGACGACG